AUGUCCAUGCUUGACAAGAACGCUCAGUCUUCAAAAUCCCGGUUGAACCUCAAGAUGGCCAUGGGUACACUCCCGUUUCGACGCAGCCGCGCUCUAUUACGCGCCACUCGGUCGCUGCACAUUGCCAACGACAUGACGGAGCUCAUUGGCAACACGCCACUGGUCUAUUUGAACCACGUAACCGAGGGCUGCCACGCCAAGAUCGCAGUUAAGUGCGAGUUCAUGGAACCCUGUGCGUCUGUGAAGGACCGAAUCGGUCUGAGCAUGAUCAAAGACGCGGAAAAGAGCGGGCGCUUGACGAAAAGCCACCGUAUCAUUGAACCCACGAGCGGUAAUACCGGUAUCGGCUUGGCGUUCACCGCCGCGGUGAGGGGGUAUGACCUCACGCUGGUGAUGCCGGAUACCAUGUCCACGGAGCGUCGUAUUUUACUCAAAGCUUUUGGCUGUGACGUGGUGUUGACUCCGGGAGCAAAGGGAAUGACUGGAGCUGUAGCGAAAGCAGAAGAAUUGGUCAAGAACGAAGCGGGGAAGGCGCUGACGCUCGGCCAGUUUGACAAUCCUGCCAAUCCUCAGAUACACUUUGAAACAACCGGGCCGGAAGUCUGGCGAGAUACCGAUGGACAAGUGGACUUUUUCGUGGCUGGAGUAGGGACGGGCGGGACAUUGACGGGCACUGCUCGGUACUUGAAACCCAAGAAACCAAGUGUCCAGAUCGUGGCUGUCGAGCCGGAAGAGAGUCCGGUGUUGUCAGGGGGGAACCCAUCGCCCCACAAGAUUCAAGGCAUCGGUGCCGGUUUCGUACCGGGUGUCCUCGAGCGCGAUCUGAUUGAUGAGGUCAUGACGGCCAGUGGUCCCGAGUCUUUUGCUAUGACCAAGCGAUUGGCGCUUGAAGAGGGGAUUCUUGUUGGUCCGUCGUCUGGAGCUGCUGUCGUGGCCAGUUUGGAACUUGCCAGACGCCUGGAGAACAAGGACAAGCUCAUUGUCACGAUCUUACCGAGCUUUGGCGAACGUUAUUUGUCGUCGCCUUUGUUUGAGAAAGAGCGCGAGUUUGCGGCCAAUCUACGCACAUCGGAGCUGCCCUGA